GACAGGAUUAGGAUUGAAACACAGUGUUCACUCAACAGUUUCACUCUAUAAACAGAUAAUUUCCCUUGUAUAAAGAGGGCUUAGGUUAGGGGUCAUGGACAGCAACAACGAGGCACAGCAUGGAUUCAUGUCGACCGAUGAUAUACCAUACCAUUUCUUACGAAUGGAAACGUAUGCCCAUUCGGUUGAUAUCUGGAGACGAAUACGUACUCGUUUCAUGAUUUACGACUCAAGAAAUAUGGAAGAUGAGUUUCUUAGACUGAUAACAUUUCUUCACUUCCCAGAACACACGGGACAAGACAUUCGAGUACUAGCCAUUGCAGGGUUUUAUUACUAUGGAGAAAGCGACAUUGUUGUUUGUUAUUGCUGUGGACUCUGGAAAGGAAAUUGGACGAGAGCAGAUGACCCCUUGACCAUUCACACUAGGUUGUCAGCUGCUUGUUUGUUUAUCUUAAACAACCGCCAGGUAAACCGACCAUAUUAUGGGAUUAACGAAUAUGGAUUAAGAAACUUGGAACAAACAACCAGCUUGCUGCAACAAACCUCAGUUACCUUAGCAUCCGGUCCAUCUUUUGUCAGAUCAGGAAGUGAAAUCCAGGCUGGGAUAAUAUCUGACAUUCAUCAAGUUAGAAGGGAAUGGCACAAUAUUAGGGAUAUAGAGCGAAUCGAGAGACAUAGUGUAUUACCCGUAGCUAACUUACAAAUGAGAGAUGUCGGUGUGUUCUAUAUGGGCGCCGAAAUGAGAUAUGCUCAUGGAUUGGAUACUGUCAUGGAAUCAAGAAUUAUAAGUAUUGCAAACGAAAGGAGAAAUAUAACCUAUAAUGCUUCACAUCUUGGAAGAGGAAUUUAUUUUCCUGAGUAUGUAAACAUCGCGCAAUCACAGCCACACACAGUAUCGAGCGAAAACGGUUCUAAUCAUUUAGCAAGCCUGGAAUCCACUGUUGAACAAGAAUAUGCAAAUGAAGAGGAUUUUGAUGAAGAGGCUAAUCGGUCCUUUAACAGCGUACAGGAACAAGAACAUUCUACUUCCGAUGAUGAAACAGCGCCGAAACAAGUUAUUAGAGCUCCAACACCUUUAAGAAACAAUAACUUUACAUGUAGACUGUGGCGAAGCAUUUCGGAUCCAUUACAACAUCAGUAUUCCUGCCAAAGUCCUAGCCAUAUAUAUGCAGAAAACACAAACUGUCAUGAUAGAUAUCAUCAAUGCACAAAUGAAUCCACAAAGGCAUGUAAUAUUGUGACCAGUGUAUUUUCAGAAAGCAGUGACCAGGCAUCUGAAGUGGACAAAGACAUUGAACAAUUGGAUUUACCUGCUGAUAUUGUAAAUUCUUAUCAAUUUAGGGCAUGUGAAUUGGAAGAAAGAGCUCUACCUUUAAGUGAUCAUGAAACCGCCAUUGCCCCUUACGGCAAUACCAGCUAUGGUACACAAGAUUCGGAAGAAACCCUUCUUAAGCGCAGUUAUCUCGAUGAAACUACUACAACAGAUGUGACUGAGGCUGAUUUAGCUAAACCUCGCUUGUUAUCAACUGCAGAUCUGGAUCAAACAGACAGAGUCAAUAUGAAUCAAAAGAAAAGUGAUACAAUUUGCGAAACACUACCAACAGACUUAAUAGAGACCAUUCCGAUAACCCAAAAUGGAUGUGCCACAACUAGACAGUCAACAUCUGAGCAGGCAGAGGCGGCAGCUGAUGGAGUUGUAAAAACCAUAGAAUCAACCAAUAAUCGAAAUACAACUUACAAAAGUUUUCAAAGCACCAAAACCAAAAUAACACAAAUUUCACAAACUGACCUGGAAAACCCAACAGGAAUUAAAAGUCAGUCCGCUACAACUGUUGAACCAUCAAAAAUGUUAAAUACAUUUGCACAAUGUGCAGGAAAGUUUUCAGAAAAUGAAGAACUUGAACAAGUUGAAGAAGUAAAUGAAGGUUCAGUGGUGAUACCAGAGUUUUCUAUUUCACGUGUCAGUGACGAAGCACAGGUGCAUGAUCGUUUACUUGAAUCUUGUGAGAGUACAAAAGCUGACCGAGAGAGACAGCCAGGAGCUUUGUGUCGAAAUGAAGAACACGUCGGUGCUUUAUUGGACAAUGAUGAAGGUAACAACAAAUCAGGCAGAAUAGAAAAACAGCCAUCUGAAAAUUUGCGUGUCGUAUUAAGAGAACCUGAAAGCGACAUUUGCAUACGGCCAAAAUUGAAAGCUAGACAAAGGCACUUGUCGGAGGGUGACAGUCCACAUACCAUUCCUUUAGGUCCAAGACAUAAGCUUCAUCAGAACUAUGCUACAGCUGAGUCAAGACGGCGAUCAUUCAGAAACAAUUCAGCAAGUCCGUCAGAGCAUUUGGCAGAUGCUGGUUUUCACAACGCAGGAAUGGAUUGCAUCAGAUGCUUUUCCUGUGGAACAGAGUUUCAAUACUCCCAGCUUGAAAAUGAUAUAUGGAUUGAACAUGCUAAAGCGUCUCCAAGAUGUGAAUACUUACUUCAACGUAAAGGUCAAGACUUUGUCAAGGCGGUCCUCAGGUUGAAGCAGGCCUUUAUCAGCAGAUUUGCUAAUUUGGACAGUAGAUCAAGUCUGUACACAAAAUAUGUAAAUUCAAAGCAAGGGAGUAGAACAGUGCAGGAUUAUGUUGAAUCAGUAACUAGUCUGGGACGUGAUCUGGGAAAGAGUGAAAGUGACAUAUUAGACAAGAGUAUUCAUGGUUUACGGAUGGACAUACGAAAGUUUGUGGUUUUGAGGGAAGUUAAAACAUUGGAUGAGUUGCUGAAAAGUGCUAAGAUGGCAGAAAGUUCUGAAAAUGAGGAUAAAACACUAAGAGACAGCGACCAGGCAAAUCAUAACAUGCGAGUAAAUAGAACCAGGGAGAGCAGACAGCCAUACAGAAGGGACAAUCAGAACCCACAGUACAGGAGAAGAUUCCAUGAGCGAGAGGAGCCAGACAGACAGAAGUGCAGACAUUGUGGUAGGUGUGGUCAUUUGUCUUUAAGGUGUAGGUUCAAAAAUGCAGACUACCUCUGGACACAGCCCUCAUACCCACGACCACUGCAGAAAUUUAGAAACACACAAAGCUAUCAAGAGUGUGAUCCAUGCAAACUAAAACCCUACUUCAACCCAGCACUGAGACCAACAAACAUCCCAGAGGCAUUGAGGGAUCAGAAUGUAGUGGAGCUGCAAACUGAAGAAGAUGAAGACAGACAAGAAAAUAUUUCCCAGGAUACUAUGGCGGCAGACUCACACAGCCCAGGAAGUGAUGCCGACAUGGACAGCUGGGAACUUGACAAAGUCUUGCAGGCAAGCCAUUACAAAGGUAUACAAAGUAAGGUACAGAGAUGA